GCUCAGCCUGGAGUACCAUCCACGGGCAUACACACAAACACACACUGCCUCAGCCUGGAGUACCAUCCACGGGCAUUGGGUAAAUCUGCCUAGGGCUCUGCUAUCACACUCUCUCUCUCACACAGACAGACAGUCAACACAGACAGACAGUCAGACAGACAGACAGACUCCUAAUAUGUCUCUGUUUUCUUUUAGAGUAGAAUCCCAGCUCUCUCAGAGUGAAGCAGAGCCAUGAUGUAGACUAAUCCUAAACUUCAGACUGUUUAUCUCCUCCCAGGAAUGGAAGUCAAGUAAACCAACAUCUCACUUAGUGGAUCAAUGAUUAAAUGGAUUGGAUAAAUUGACUCGGGUGAAUUUGAUAAACGCUUCAAUCAGCGCAACAAAUUAUCUCUAGAGAGUCAGGCUGUAUUUUCCCAUCCGCUCGGAGUGGAUUGGAACAAAGCGCGCUGCGCUUUGAACUGGCAGAGUUCGACCCGCAAAUCAGCUGUCGUGCGGAGGAGCGGCGAGGGACAGUUGGUGAAGUCCAGAGACAGUCACUAGCAUACGAGUGUCAGGGUGUGUGUUGGGGGUCACAGAAAGGUCGUUGCCAUGGGGAAGGACUACUAUAAGACGCUGGGUAUCCCUAAGGGUUCUAACGAGGAGGAGAUCAAGAAGGCAUAUCGCCGCAUGGCACUGAGGUUCCACCCAGACAAGAACACAGACGCAAAUGCAGAGGACAAGUUCAAAGAGAUCGCUGAGGCGUACGAAGUUCUGAGUGACCCCAAGAAGAGGGUCAUCUAUGACCAGCUAGGAGAGGAGGGUCUGAAGGCGGGGGGCAGUAGUGGUCAGUCUGGGGUUCCUGGUGGGUCGUACCACUACACCUUCCAUGGGGACCCCCAUGCCACCUUCGCCUCCUUUUUCGGCGGGUCCAACCCCUUCGAUAUGUUCUUCGGACCGCACCGCAACCACCACAACCGCUCCAACGGCGUCCACUCCAAGGUCCCCAACGACCAUGACAUGGAAACAGACUUGGAUGAGGAAGACCCCUUCGCCUCUUUCACACACUUCGGCUUCCCCGGGGGGGUCAACGGCUUCCCUGGCCAUGGCGGGGGCAGGAGGAGGGGGGUGCAGUCAGAGCGUUUGGGGGGGUCCAGGAGGCAGCAGGACCCCCUCGUCCACGAGCUGAAGGUGUCUCUGGAGGAGAUCUUCCAUGGUUGCACCAAGCGGAUGAAGAUCACCAGGAGGAGGCUGAACCCUGAUGGCAGGAGCAGCUGUACGGAGGACAAGAUCCUGAACAUCGUGAUAAAGAGGGGAUGGAAGGAGGGCACCAAGAUCACCUUCCCUAAGGAGGGGGACGAGACCCCAGAGAACAUUCCUGCAGACAUCGCCUUUGUGCUCAGAGACAAAGGACACGCCCACUUUAGGAGAGACGGCUCCAAUAUCAUCUACACAGGCAAUAUCAGUCUGAAGGAGGCGCUGUGUGGCUGUACGGUGAACAUUCCCACCCUGGAUAACCGCGUCAUCCCGCUAUCCUGCCAUGAGGUCAUCAAGCCAGGGACGGUAAAGCGGCUGAGGGGGGAGGGCCUGCCCCUCCCUAAGAGCCCCACUCAGCGCGGCGAUCUCAUCGUAGAGUUCACGGUUCGCUUCCCAGACAGAAUCCCUCCCCAAUCCAGAGAGAUCAUCAGACAACACCUACCCCAGUCUUAGGACAACCCCCCCCCCCCACCCCCAGACUCAUUACCCCCCCUACACUCCUGCCUUCCCCAACCUCCCAGACUCAUUACCCCCCUCCCCACCCCCCCCAGACUCAUUACACCCCCCACACUCCUCCCUUCCCCACCCCGCCAGACUCAUUACCCCCCCCUCGCCAUCCCUCCCCUCCCCACCACAUAAACACAAAUCGUUUUUACCAGUUGGACCCAUCCCAUCUUCCCCCUUUUCAAGAUCUCACUGUUUCUACCACACAACAUUACUUGGACACUAUUUUUAAGGGAAAGGUUUUUUUCUGGGUAUGCCAAGAGGACCUCCAGUUUUAGGAUGUUUUUGUUUCUUUUCGCCCAAGCGCACACACACGGACAUGGCGAAGUGAUACGGAGGAACGGCUCAGCGUGGCUUUGGCUUUUACCGGAACUCCUUUUCUUAAUGCUCUUCUUUUCUACACAUUUAUCAAGGGUUUUAUACAUCCCCCUGAUCCUCCUCUUCUUAUGGAGGAGUUGAGAGGAACACUUGAUUUGAAAAAGAGAAGAUUGUCCAGGAUUUUCCAGAGGAAAGUUGAAAGUGGAUUAUUUUAUUGUUUAUCUACCAGCAGCUUCAGUCUCUGCUCCCCAUUUUAACGUAAUCAUCUGUUUCUGUUUCUAAUGUUUAAUAAAGCAUAAUGUGUGAA